CAACAUGAUAUGUCCUUCUUUUCUGCUUCUUUGUCUUUCUCCUCAGCUUGAUAUUUUAGAAAUACAACACAAAACCCAGAACCUUCCUCUCUCUUUCUUCACAUUCUUCUUUCAAGAACUUCCUCUGCAUCUUUCUCCAUAUCUCCUUGUGUGAUUCUGUAAUAAUAACACAUCUUGCGUUCAUCUGAUGAAUCCAACUCACAACGAGUUUAUUCCCACCAACCCUAGUCCUAUUGAGGAUCCAAAAGUCAGACUUAGGCAUCAUGCCCUUAUGCAUGACUAUCAAGAACUGCAUAUGGACACUGAAGCAAUGAGAAUAAAGUUACAGACGUUGCGGGAGAGAAAGGCAACACUAAUGGCAGAAGUCCGAUUUCUGCGGCGGAGAUACAGAUAUUUGAGACAAGAAGACCAACCUGUAAUGAAACCACCACCAGAUGUCAAAAGGGGCAGAGGAAGAUCAAACGGUUGGAAGAAGAGUAAGACGCAUAUCGUACGAGUUGAAGUGUCUGGUGGUGGUAAUAAGAGAAGUGAAGCAGAAACUAGACAUGUUUCGCUUCCUGACUUAAACCAGUACUCGGGGAAUGAAACCAAAACAAGUCUGGAGAAAAGAGUUCCGUUGUUUGAUCUAAACCAGAUAUCUGGAGAGGAAGAAGAAACAGAAGCAGCGAACAAUAGUGAAGAGAGAAUGAUAGUGGAAGACAAUAAGAGGAUGAGCAUCAUCGAGAUGCAACAGCAGCAGAAGAAGAAAGAUAUGAAGCUAUCGUCUUGUAGGAAUGGAGGAAACGGAUCAAAUAAGAGGAAAAUUUCAUGGCAAGAUCCUGUUGAAGCUCUCAGAGUCUAAAAAAAGUCAAAGAAUACUUUUCUUCUUCCGCAAGUCAACGUGUCUUAUUGUAUCAUAUAGCUUCGCAUCAAUUUAGCUUAAAAAGGUUUUAUCCAAUUGUGGCUUGAAACUUGAAAACCUUAUCCCCUGGUCCAUUCUUCGAAGUGAAGAGACAUUUGUAUAUUGGAACAUGUGUCCUUUAACGCAAGUCCAGGAACAAGAUCAACUGUCAGAAAGUGUUCAAACGUGUCUUAAAAG